GCAUCAAACUCUUGUAUAUAUUACAAUGAAAACAAAAACAUUCUCAAACUUCUACGAUCAACACACCAAGCUGCCUUCUCAAUGAACGCGCGGCCACUUCCUCGAAGCCUGGCAGACGUUCACAGAUAAAAAGCUCCAACAAAUUAUAUUUGUACCAAAAAAUCUGGAUAGAUAUAUAUUUCAUCUUCCGGUCGUCUGCGUACAUUGGAGAAGUUCACUCUAUGCGAUGAUGUAGGUUUCUUCGCCAGAUGUCGGAAAAUUUCAUCAUGGAGGUCGGAAAUACGUAAAACGCGACAACACAAAGAUUUUCCAUGAAAUAACUUCACUCUAACUUCGUUUUGGAUUUCUUUAACAUCUCUACAAUGCAAAUGUUAUUACCCAAAGUAAAACAAUAAGUAACUGCAGAAAUUAAAAUGGCUGAACACGCCACGUAUGCCGCAAAUCGUAUAGAGGAGCUUCUCAGGUGUGCCAUUUGUCUAGACAGGUACAACAACCCCAAACUGUUGCCAUGUCAACAUACAUUCUGUGAAUCCCCUUGCCUAGAAGGUUUGGUAAGGGGCCUUACAAGAACGCUGAAAUGUCCCGAAUGCCGUGCGGAACACAUCGUGCCUUAUCAAGGAGUCUCCGCUUACCCCAACAAUUUAACAAUUCAAAACUUUCUCUCUCUUCGUCCAACUAGUGACGUCAGCCAUGACGUAGUCGCUCCACCCAGCGCAAACGAGGCAAGCGGAAAUGACGAUUUCUUUUAUAUUCCUAAUGGAGCAUGCUGCGCAGCAGAAGAUAUAGAAGAGGAGGAAGAAGAGGAGGUGGUCUUGCCAAGGUACCCUAGACUUCAAAACCGUAUCUCCCAUGCUCCACAAGCACCGAGAAGACGCUGUCCCGCCUGUUCAAGAGAGGUGGAUCUAAUGAGGUGUUCUCACUGCGAUCAAUUGAUUUGUGCAACAUGUAAGAGCCUUCACAUGGAACAAAUACAGCGUGAAGUCUCCCUUGUCUUAGGACAACUCAAAAGAGGGGUACCAAGACUGACGGACAUCGCUGGCAAUCUUGAACGUAAAAUGGAGGCGGUGCGCCAAAGAGUUGAUUCCACGAAAUCAGAUAUAUCUGAAGCCAUUGAGCGCUAUAUCAUCGAUUUAAGAUCAAGGCAAAGAUUGCUUAGUAAUGAAGCGGAAACCUUCCUUCAGGCAGAAAUACGAUCUUUAACACUGCAAAAAGACAACAUAGAGGUGGAACUGGCUAUGCUAGCAUCCUUUGUUGACACAAACGAAACGCUUUUCAGGAGACGGUACCUUGUUCUUCCCGAUGAUGAUGUGAUGGAUUUGAAACGACAAAGUGAACUCCACUUAGAAAGGCUUCGAAGCUUUAACGCUGAUAGAUAUCAGCCACCAAGAGAGAGAUCCAUAGAAUUUAUAAUGGAUGGAACGCGGAUUUCGAACUGUAUUUCAAAUUUCGGUGAAAUAAGCACAACACAAGCAAGAUUUUCGACAACAGAUGAGUCUUCUGCCGACUCUUCCUCGGAUAAUUCUUCUUCAGCCGUUUCUCGUGCACCAACACAAAACAUAACACAUAGUUACCUACCCUCAACUUCAGCACAUACUCCAACCAGUAACCUACCCUCAACUUCACCUCACACUACAUCUUAUCUACCCUCAACAACAGCACAAACCGGUCUUUACUCUCGGUACUCAACUUCACAAGCUUCAAGUUACGUUCCUUUGCAUUCAAUGCUCCCAACACUCGUUUACCCUCGGCACUCAACGUCACAAGCAGACAAUACUUAUGUAUCUCCGUCAUAUACGCUUAAUGCUUCUGCUGCUGCGUCUCAUUUAACAUCACAAGCUGCCUCUAAUCACAGUCUUCCUCAGUCAACUACUCCCCACUCGAGCUCUACAGGUCAACAACAACAACCACUUCUGUUGGACGGUGAUCUCCCAGUCAUCAUAAACGAAGACAACUUACCAGACCAGUACUCAGAGCCUCCGAUGUUUGACCUGGAAUAUUCCCCGAUAUCAACUCCUAUCUCAAUUCCAGAUGAGCCUGUAUUUUUCGAUUCUUCAUCUGGACAUGCACGGUCGUCAACUGGCAUCGGUGUAGCUGACCUGUCAGGUCCAUUAGGAACGAGAUAUUCUCAGUCAUCUAGAUACGCACGAGAUUCCACCUACCCUACCUGGAGUACCUUACCAUCGUCUGCUUCGAGGACAUUAACAUCCUCUUUACCAUAUUCUGUUGCAGGUUCAAAUGUACCUUCGACUUACAUGGCAGCCUCUAACACUUGGGGUACUCCGCAUUACACGUUUAUGAGGGACUUUGAUAGCGAAUCUGAAACAAGUAGCGAAGGAACCCGCUCUCCGAGGCGGCCAAUGACACUGCACGAGAGAAGGCGACACAAUUUGUCGGACACAAGAUUAGCCACCCUGUUAGGAAGCUCGGCACCGUCCUAUACGGGUCACCAUCCUCUAUCUGCAUCCGAGAGGAGAUUCAGAAGUCUAAGUACCGGUGCUUCAUAUUACAGUCUUAACGAAGCACGUGCAUUAAUUGCCUCCACCAGGCAAGCAACGGCAAACCGUAUCAGAUCUAUUGCUGAAGAAGCAAACGAUUCGUCUGCUUCUCGACAUAGAACGGACAGUAGAGACAGUCCUGAUGAACGGAACAGUAGUCCUACCAGAGUUAGGUCCCUUAGCUCCAGUCCACGGUCUCGUCCUCCUGUACGAUUUAAUAUUCACAUCGACAACGACGAUGACGAUUCAGAUUCGUCAACUUCCGGUGAGCUGCUGCUUUCUCGACCGAUGGUGACGUUUUAUGAAAAUGAAAGCACAGUUGUUUCCAGCUCCAUCAUUCAGUAUACCAACAAAGGCCGAGCCGUACGUCAGAUUGGACAACGUGGUAACGACCUCGGGGAGUUUACAUGGCCAAGAGGGAUUGCCACUACACCCAGAGAGAACCACAUCCUAGUAGCAGACAGUCACAACAACCGAAUGCAAGUCUUCGACAACACAGGACAGUUUGUCAGAUCUGUAGGUAACUAUGGAACCGAAAACGGGGAAUUCGAUUCCGUAACAGGAAUUGCAGUCAAUAGUUUUGGGCAAAUUGUUGUUACGGACCGCAUGAACCAUCGAAUUCAAAUCUUUGACCACAACUGGAACUUUCAGCUGACGUUUGGUGAGGAGGGGGUGGAGGCCGGACAACUUCUGUAUCCCUGGGGAGUAGCUAGUGAUAACAUGGGAUUUAUUUACGUGUGUGACAAAGAAAACCACCGAAUACAAGUGUUCCAGUCUAACGGUCGCUUUGUUCGUGAGUUUGGAAGUAUGGGUCACAGACUAGGUCAUUUCGACAACCCGCAUUAUCUUGCGAUCAGCCCUGACAAUCGAGUGUACGUUUCAGAUAGUAACAACCACAGGAUUCAGGUCUUCAGUAUGUACGGUGACUUCCUGUUCUCUUUCGGUUCACACGGAACAUGCCAGGGAGAAAUGAAACUUCCGAAAGGUAUAGCUAUAGACAGUCAGGGGUUUGUUCUCGUGGCCGACAGCGGAAAUAACCGAAUACAAGUAUUUCACGGCGAUGGAAGGUUCUACUGUAUGUUUGGAAGCUAUGGAAGCGAAAAUGGACAAUUCAGAGGUUUGGAAGGAAUCGGAAUUCUCGGAAACGGUGAUGUUGUUGUCAGUGAUAGGGAAAAUCACAGAAUACAAAUUUUCUAAAGAAUAUAGACUAGAAAGAAGAUUGUUACAAUGAUGGAAUAAUAUUAAUAAACAAUCAAUUUCGAACAUGGUUCAAAGACUUUUCGCGAGUUUCUUUUCAAAAUAUACCACACUUAUAAAUUGUGUUAAACAGAUAAAAUAUUUGUACGCCGUUCAUGUUUAAGAUUAACAAUAGAUACAAUAUUUUACAAAUAUCACUGCAACUUGACUAAUCCACAUGAAUAUUCUUUUCCUCAAAGGAAAUUAUGAAUGCCUAUGAUUUCUAUUUUUAGCAUAGCAUAUUUAAUAACUUACAAAUCCUGACAUAAAGAUCGUAUUGUGAAAAGCUGUCUUUCAGGCGCUUAUUUUGGUUGUAAAUUUCUACAUUUGUGCCAAACAUCUGUUCUCUCAGGAUGUACAAAGCUCGCGCAUGCUCAGAUAUAUUGUUUGAGCAGCACUUAUUUCACCUUUGAUAUGAGUGACAUUAUUUUUUUUGCUAUCUUAAGUGUGUUAAAAAAUUGCUAUUUUUGUUGUAUAUAUAUAUUUUUUCAUUUGGUUAGUUACUUUGUUUUUCUUUAUGAUUUCAAGGAUAACAUGCCAUUGGAUGAUGCAUUUACAAGUCGAAAUUCUCUAUUUUUUAUCAUUGUUAUUGAUACAUACAAUUUUAAUAUUAUCUUAUCUUCUGAAUAAAUUCAGUUGAAUUAUAUCUAGGUAAAUGUCCCAAUGACCUGUAAUUGAAAACUUGAGAUAGACUGAUGUAUUUUAGCAAAUUGAAAAAAAAAUAAGACACCACCUAUAAUGUAAGAUUUUUAAAUUUUAGUGUUAUUUUUUUAUUUCUUUUUUUUAAUGUUAUCCUUAACAUGCUUAAGGAAUGAUGUACCAAGUGCCUUUUGUUAUGUUUUAGCUUUUAAAUUGUAGGAUGAAUCUAGUCAAUUUCAAAUCCACUUCUUGUGAAAAUAUUACAUAAAUUAUUUUUUUUUUAUUUCAGCACCUUAUUCUGAUAAGCGUUGGAAUAAAGAUGUUAAUAAAUAUUUUAUUAAA